CGCGCCCCGCCCGCGGAGCCUGCGCGGCCGGCAUGGAGAGGCAUGGAGCCCGCGGAGGGCCCUGCGCCCGCCGAGCCCGGCGCGCGGGGGCAGCUGCUGAGGCGCUGGUGCCCGGUGGCCGCGGCGUGGCUGCUGAUCGGGCUGGCCUACGCGCAGUUUUUCCUGGAGGAGUUCCGCGUGGGCCAGCCCGACUGGGACAUCACCGCUAGGGACACGCGGCAGUCCGCCGGUGGCAGGCGGCAGCCCCAGCCGGCGCCGCCAGUCAUGGCUGAAGCGCCGAGCAUUGUGGGCACCGCUGGCGAGCAGCCGUUGGUUGCGGCGGAAGCGCCGAGCCUUCCGAGCAGCGCGGGCGAGCAUCGAGGAACAAAACACGGCAUAAUAGUGAGGGGACCCUAG